AUGGCUGAAUAUGUAGGGCCUCAUAUUUCCUCCCUAGCCGACGUCCCCGUCUCACUUUUGAGAGCAGAGUUAGAGCGGCGGAGCUUGAAUACACGAGCGCAGGGAGUUGCGCCCGGUCAGCCGCAGCCGGGCACAAGGCCGGCUUGCGGUAGUACGACCAAGUCGGGAUCAUAUAAUACUCCAAUUCAUGUUAUUGCGUUGUUUCUCAUACUCGUUCUAAGCACGCUAGGUGGGUUUUAUAGAGCCCAGUUUCGUCCUUAUCCCGCUGAACGGUGGCUGACGUGGACUUGGAGUCUAGCUUGCUCGUUUCCUAUAAUUGCUCGCCGAUUCCCUCGACUCCCGAUUCCGCGGCGUUUUCUCUUUUUGUCCAGACAUUUCGGGACAGGGGUCCUCAUCGCAACGGCUUUUGUCCAUUUACUUCCUACGGCAUUCAUUUCUCUCACGAACCCAUGUCUCCCACAUUUUUGGAAUCGGGGUUAUCCGGCUACUGCUGGGCUAGUCGCAAUGGUUGCUGUGAUGUUCGUGGUUACAAUUGAAAUGUUUUUUGCAAUGAGAGGUGCAGGACACAUGCAUGGAAGCGAGUAUGAUACGCUGAUGGACACGGCAUCGCACGACCAUCACCAUGAGGAUCUUGGUUCAAGAGGAGAUGAUGAGGACCUUGGCCACAACGCUCAUAUCUCUAGAAUCCGACGUGGAAAGCGUCGAACAUCUCGUGGUUCCCAUCCGGUCUCAAGUGCGUCUGAAGAGAACCUUAUAAACGGAGUCAGCCCGAUGUCAAACAAAGACCUUGAGAGCCGACAUCAGGUGAACGACGAAAGCCUGCCACUGGAAGAACUUGAUCCUUUCCCUGAUGACUCUUCCGAUUUCGAUAGUAUUCCAUCUAGGGCCAGCCAUCCAUCGCGCACUCACCGCCAUAGCCACAGCCACAGCCACUUCAACACCUCCCGUUCACAGCACGCUCAGAAGCAACUGAUACAAUGCCUUCUUCUCGAAGCUGGAAUCCUCUUCCAUAGCGUUUUCAUUGGAAUGGCCCUCAGCGUCGCCACCGGUGCAAAUUUCAUUGUCCUCCUUGUUGCAAUAUCUUUCCAUCAGACAUUUGAAGGUUUCGCCCUCGGUGCGCGAAUUGCCUCGCUCAUACCGGAUUUAUUCCCGGCUUCUUCUCCCAAACCAUGGCUUAUGGCCCUGGCGUAUGGAACUACCACCCCAAUCGGCCAGGCGAUUGGAUUAGGCCUCCAUACCCUGUAUGACCCAGCAAGUGAAACCGGAUUGCUGACAGUGGGGAUGACCAAUGCUUUCAGCAGCGGUCUAUUGUUAUUUGCCGGGCUAGUGGAGUUGUUAGCCGAGGACUUUCUGAGCGAUAGGAGCUAUGAGACGUUGAGAGGGCGGAAUAGAGUCGAGGCAUGCCUUGCAGUUGCCGGAGGAGCGGCACUCAUGGCUUUGGUGGGCGCUUUUGCUUAA